ACCUCGUCCUGCAGCUCCACAGCUGCAACAAGGAGGAACAAACAUGGCGUCGGGCUAUGCGUGGUUCCUUGUGCUGGGGUCAGUUUUUCUGUGCAAUCUCAUGAAAAGCCUCCUGCCGACCAUAUCCUCUUUCCUCACAAAGAUGGUGCAGAAAGAUGCUGAGCAGGAGAGUGAGAUGAGGGCUGAAGUCCAGCAGAUGAAGAAGGAGCAGGCCUCGAUCAGCAUGAUGGAUGAGUUUGCUAGAUAUGCCAGGUUGGAGCGCAAAAUCAACAAGAUGACAGACAAGCUGAAAACACAUGUGAAAUCCAGAACAGCGCAACAAGCCAAGAUGAAAUGGGUGGUGAACAUCGUCUUUUAUAUACUGCAGGCUGCUCUGAUGGUCUCCAUGAUAUGGAAGUAUUACUCUGAUCCAGUCACGGUGGUCCCGAGUAAAUGGAUUGCCCCAGUGGAGCGCCUUGUGGCCUUCCCAACAGGAGUUGCAGGUAAUCAAUUUGUUUUUCAUAUUCCAUAUACGCAGAACAACUCAUCUAUAGCUAUAAAAUACAGACGGAACAGUUUUUCUUUUGUAAUACAACAUACAUUGAGUAUAAAACGACUUUAGUUUAGAUGUUGUUGGGUUUUUGUACUGAUUCAGACACAGUACGUGUGUGUGUGUGUGUGUGUGUAUAAGUUGCAGUAUGCUGUACUUUCCCUACUCCAUUAAUUCACUGACGGGGCUGUUCUUUCCCCUCAGGUGGAGUAGGAAUCACAUGCUGGCUGGUGGUUUGUAACAAAGUGGUUUCUCUGGGUCUCCAUGCCGUCAGCUAGAGAUGGCUGCUGAGUCAAACACACUGGUUCUCUAACUUAUUGCUCAACGUUCAGUUGAUGAAAGCCUUAUUUUGUGUUAUUUUAUUUUCAGCUGCUUCAGGUCAACGUGUAAAAAUGCGGUGCAUUUUGGCAUGUUGCAACAUAGUUUUUUUGGUGAUGUUGAAUUUAGUUCUUUUUGUUCCGAGGAUGUUAAGUUAAUUGUGAAAAUAUUGACUGAAUUGGACCAAAAACAAUGGUUUUGAAAUGUUGAAAUGCCUUUUUUAAAGAAAAUAAAACGUCAAGAAAAGAUUGUAAUGUUAUAAUUUGGUAAUUCACAAAUAGGGUAGUUGUCCUUUUAAGUAAAAUUGUAAAAGACAAACAAAGUAGAUGGAUCACAAUGGACCGGGUGUAGCUUUUUGUCAAACAAUCAUUUAUUCAGAGAAAUACUUAAAUAUUAGAAAAUCUUCUGCCACUACAGACAAAAUCUCCUCAUCCACUUUCCCUCUGUGUGUGGCAGCUAGAGAGUAUAGGUGUGUCUGACAUUAUCGACCUCAGUCCUGGUGUCUAGUCACCAAAUCAUCCUCAGCCGGCUCUGCUUCUGUCGUCACUCACCCUGAGGGCUGCCUGCUUCACCUCUCCUGGAUUUCCCAGCUGGAGGACCGAGUUCACGACUCUCGCUGCUGAUGACCUCCACCUCUCGGCUUUGACAGUGACUCGAGUCCACACUGCUGUAGACAGGCCUUCCACUGUGCAGAUUCUCGAUAGAUUCUUUGAAGGUGUAAGUGCGUCUAUUUUUGGAGAGCUUGGAUCCUUUUCUCUUGGGUUCAGUCAAAUUCAGCAACUGUUGUGAAAUGAAAGACGUCUCGCUCUCGUGCUCCUCUGUUUUCGGCUCUUCUUCUAACACCUGUGGGGCCUCUGCUUCCUCUGUUUGAUAUUCUGGGCUCUCUUCUGAACAACUACUCUGCUCACUGGUGUCUGAAAACAUAUUUUUUUGUAGUUUCUUUGAAUAAAUACUGAAUGACUCUAAAAUAAAACACGUUUAGCUCCAUAUUACAAAGACUUCAUACUAAGUGGGCUCUUAACGGUAUUUGUCGUCUUGUGUGAGAGUUGUUGGUGGAUGUGUACCACUAUGGUAUUUUAUCUUCCAACAACUUUGUCUGUGUGCAUUGCUUGUGGUGUCAGUUUCUUUUAUUAUACUGUAACAUUAAUAAGUGCUCACCUGAACACGUCUCAGUUUCCUCUUCUAAUGAGACAUUUGAAGAAACGUCUUUCUCUGGAUCUUCUAGUACCAAAGACUCCUGCCCUGGAUUGUAACAACACUGAAAUGAUAUACAGGCUUUGUUAAUAUGAGAGCAAAAUCUUGAACUACUUGGAUAAUAAAACGAAUUCAUAAAUAACAAAAAUAUAUGCACUGAGCCCAUAACAAAUGGAGGUGCAAAUGCAAAGAAAAAUAAAUAAGUCCAUAUUUAAUUAUGUACAAAAAAUUAAGAUGCAAAUAUCAGAAUUAACUCAAAAAACAAUGAAAAUAAAAGAAUUCUUCAAAACUAAAUAUAUGGAAGUGCAUAUCAAAUAAACAAGCAAAAUUGAAACAUGUAAUGACAAGAUAAAAUAACACCAUAAAAUAGUAGUAUGAAGAGGAACUAUGAAGUGAUGCAAUAAGGGAAAACUAAACAUUGUUAAGUGUAGACUAUGUUGUAAAAGUGAGUUUUAAGCUGCAGUGGAGUCUUCCACUGCCGAUCGGCCGUAAAUGAAAACGUCACCAUUGGUUCCACCAGUCUGACCGGUGGAACAACUUAAAGGUUUUGGUCAGCUGAUUAGGCGCCUGUUUGGGCUGCAAGGAGUUAAAAGCUCUUAAAUAGAAUAUGUUGCCAGAACAUGGAUGGCCUUGUAGAUAAUUAAUACGAAGUUAAAUAGUUUUAUAAAGUUAGUGGGCAGUGCAGUGAUGCUAAAAUCGGAGUUCUUGAUAAAUUUCAAUUGUGAGACUGAGUGGGAGUCAAAACAAGUAAAAAGAGAGUUACAGUAAUCCAGGCGUGAUGAUAGAAAAGCAUGUAUGAUAUUUCUGGUAUGCUGCUCAAAGGGUAAGUGGCCAUCAAAAGUUACCCCACGGUUCUUUGCCAACAAUUAAACUCGAGUAAACGUAGGCAAAUGAGUAAAAUGGUCUGAUGUAAAAACCCUGACAGUACACAACACAAUAUUUGAAUCUUACCCAGUUCACAGAGCUCUCCUCAGUCUCCGUAUAUUCUAAUUGCAAAAGACUCACAGCCGCAGUGAGGAGAAGGACUAAUCCAUCAGUUUGAACCAUCUUGCUUUCAGUGACUAAAAAUCAGAAAAAAAACAGACACAACAAAUGUGACAUGACCAAACUGAGCUGGAGUAGCUUGUUGUGUUUGUUCACCUUUUUUGGACGGUGGUUUUAGGAACCUGUGGGAGUAAAUAUUGUGUGUUUCCAGUUCUCUCUCUCUAUCCUGUAAAGGGGAAACAAAAGACACAAUAUAAAUAUAGUUUGUUAUUAAAUACCUCUCUAACAUGUGCAGCUAAUGCAACCGUUGCAAAUCUACACCGGGAAAAUUCAAUUUAGAAUGUUUGGUUGUCUUUAUGGGAUGCUGAGCUGCUCCCAUCACUGAAGACAGGAGCUUGCACAAUAAACAAUACUGUACAUUAACAAGGACUAGGAUAUGUCUAAUAAAGAAAAUCGCCCAAGCUCUUUUAAACUUACUUGAAUUUCCUUGUUUAGCUGAUAUAUUUGCUCUUGCAGAUAGCAGGACAUCUUUCUCGCCUUGCUGAUCUUUCUUUGUUCAGUGACUAUUUGACGAUUGAAUGAGGAUCGGCACAAUUCAAGAUUCUUCUCCAAGUCCUAAAAUAUUGCGUUAAAAGAGACGCAAAGUGACUGAAAUCAUAAAACAUUCCCGUUCCUAUUUAUAUGCCCUGUGUAUUAGUGCUGAGGUCUAAUCUAUAUUUCUAAGCCGUGACCAUGGGUGAUGCUAGGAGAUCUACAGUAUCAGUCACCACUGUCCCACCCUCCUGCUCCUCCAUACCAGUAUCCUCUUGUCCUUGCCCUCCAGCUCUGCAGAGGCCUGGGUCAGCCUAAAGGUGAGUUCCUCCCUCUCCAGCAGGCGGUGGUCCUCAUUGAGCAGCUGUAGGUGCUGGACACUGGCCUUUGUGCUCAGCAACUUUUUUUCUGUGGUUUUUAGCUGCCUUGCCAGAUUGUCGCGGCAGGCGCGAGUCUCACGGAGCGACCCCU